CCCAUUUUGCUUCUCGGCGCCCUGCGCUGUCGCCGCCCCCCCGAGACAACCCGUGUUGCAUCCCAUCCCACCUCAAUCUUUACAGCAAGUCGGCCACUUCCCGCUUCCCAACAAAAAUGGCCGCCUCAGCACAAACACAAUGCGAGCCCGAAUUCGACAUAUCGCACUACAUCAACGAGUCGCAUUUCGCUAACGAGUUCAUCGAUUCUGACGAAGGGAGUCCGCUCCCCGACCUGCUGGAUUCCAAUGUUGCCAGCCCGCGCGCUCACCGCCCUCACAGCUCCGGCGCCGAUUCGUCCCACGCCAUGCAAGAUGCUUCGCGAGACUGCGGCUCUCCCUCCGAAGCCCUCGGGCUCGUGAGCACCAGUCCCCGCUCUAGGGAUGGCCAUCGCGGGUCUACCUUCGACUCGGCGUCCUCCAAAAGAACCUCGACCACGGCCUUGACGCAGCUGACUGCCGGCGAUUCCCGGGCGGACGGCGCCGCUCAUCGGAAGACGGACUGGGAAAUGAUGGUGGACUCUUUCUCUGCGUCCGACGCCAGCAGCUUCCCGAUUGGGGAUCAAACUCUCGACUUUCUAGACGGGCGUGCCGCCGCCGCACAGUCAUCUCUCCAUAGCCCGAUGGACAGCCCCAGUCCGUUCGGCUCGGCUCUCACGACAUUAUCGCCGGACGCCAUGAUGGGCUCACCAGCAGCCGGCGACGAAUCUUACCUACCGUUCACCUUCAAGUCCUCAGGGCCGCAACCAGAUGCGACGGCUCAACCGCCCCCUUGCCUGCGCCCCUCUCGACCGGCAUCGGCGGUGAAAUACGAAUUUCGGGGUUCCCAGGAGACAGGCGGCACAACUUCAACGGGCAUGGCCUCUCUUCUGGACGCCCUCUAUCCAAACACGGGUCAGCUCGUCUCAGGAAGCACGUUCUUCACAAAUAACGCGCACGUGGCUACACAACCACCUGUUGACUGUCAACCAUACGGUCCGGGGCCCUACACACUAGAAGUCAGCGCUACCAACACCAAAUCGCGAGUCGAGACACAGAUCACGAUUAAACUCCGACUUCCCCAGCUCCCUCUGGGCGUUACAAAGGUCCAUCUCCCCAAGCAUACCAUCAGCAAACCCAAAUUCUGGGCAAAACCGCCUCCGCAGCUGUCUCCGGAGAUGCUUGAGCUGCACACUAUGCUCGUCUGCACGAGCGCAAUGCAAGUCCCGCAGCAGAAGGCCGCGGCGCUGCAACGGGCUCAGAAAGCCGCGGGACGUCGCGGGAAGAAAACGGAUGCAGAGUCAGAAGGAGAGGACGAAGAGGUAAAGACGCAAGAAGGCGGUGAAGUGCAAAUCUGCGAGAACUGCAUCGGCAGAGAGCGGAAGCGAGCGGGCCGUAAGAAGUCGAAGCAUCCCCAAGACGAGGAGGCUUGGAGGCGGGACGAGGCCAAGCGCGUGAUUGUUUUCAACACCCAAGAGGUCAAGGAUUGGGUUCUGCAGAGCCAGCCCGAGGUCGGCCCUCGGAGGUUCUGGCAGGUGGAGGCUCCGAUGAGAAUCGCCUGCUACUGUCGGCACCACGCCGAGAAGCAGGGAUUCCAGAUCAUCUUCACCCUGACCGACCAUCUCGGCAAGCUUGUUGCUCAGACCAUGUCGGAGUCUAUCAUGAUCACCGACGACCACAAAACAACAAGCCCCAAUCCCCCGCCCAAGCCUGUACCGGGGCCACCGCCGCCAGCCGCAACGCUCACACCGCGUGAAGAGUUGCCCGUCCAGGUAGCGCCGGGUCCUGGACCUUCGCUAGAGUCCUCUCCCAGCCUGGACAUGCAGGCGACGAGGCGCAACUCCUCGAGCUCAACACCUCUCUCAGCAAUGCCGCAAGAGCAGCACCAACAGGCUCUGGCAGCAGCUCAGCAUCUCUCCCGCCCAGCAUCCCCAUCCUUCCCCACCGGUCCGGCGAAGAGGCGGAGGGCGAACAACUCGACGACGAAGAUCCCCAACGAUUUGGCCAUGACACCGCUCGAUACCUCGUUCUCAUCCGCUCCCACCCGCGUGCCUAAUAAUAACUCUUCCUCGGGCCCCGCCAUGGUCACGCCAGCAUCGUCGACGUUCUCCCCUACGCCGCCUCCAUCGUUCCCGCCACCCCCGGAGCUGCAAUUGUUCGGCCCUGGGUCUGCUGUGCCUGAGCAGUCGACGAAUCCGUUCGGGAACAGUCAACGUGCGAGCGGCAACAAUGCCCAAAUUCUUUCGCCCAACCCCAGCAGGACACCUAGUCUGGCCAACCUAGCCAUGUCCAUGUUCGGUCCACAGUUGUCGAACCGUCAGAACCCCAAUGUCAAUCACGGGCCUCGACACUCGCCGAAUGCUGCCCCUGGACAAGGGAGGCCUCAACAGCCUCAAACGCAGAGGGCUAUCUUCAAGGUCAUUCCUGGCGAGGGACCUGUUGCCGGCGGUAUCGAGGUUACGCUGAUGGGCCAGGGAUUCGAAGCUGGGAUGCAGGUCAUGUUCGGCGAUAAGCAGGCUCCUGGAACCAUGUUCUGGUCAUCGGAGUCUCUCGUGUGCCUGUUACCCCCAUCCGAGAUGGCGGGAAUGGUUCCCGUCACCAUCAAGGGUCUCAACCUAGGCCCCCACUGGUUCCGAUAUGUCGAUGACAGUGAGCAGCAGCUGCUCCGCACUGCGCUCAUGAUUCUCGGGAAUAAAAUGACUGGCGGGUAUGAGGAUCCGACCGAAUUCGCCAGGCGUAUUAUCAAAGAGUCGGCGAACGGUUACCCAUCGGGCAGCGGCGAUAUGUCCGGCGCCGAGGGUUCUUCCAGUCGGCCCAUGGACAAUUUGGAGAAUCACCUGCUCAAGCUGAUGGAGCUCAUGGACCUCAGCAACAGCACCCGAAAGCCACGGCUGAACCUCAGGAGAAGGGCAACGGGGCAGACCAUGCUGCACCUGGCUUGCAAGAUGGGCCUGCACCGCUUUGUCGCCGGCCUCCUCGCGCGAGGAGCAAAUCCGGACCCGCGCGAUAACGGCGGCUAUACGGCUCUGCACAUGGCGGCCAUGAGCAACCAUUGCGAGAUUGUCCGGCUACUGAUCGCCCACGGGGCGGAUCCAACACUGCGAACCUUGUCAGGUCUGACGCCCGCGGACGUUGCCAAGUCGAAGGAAGUUGUGCGCAUCCUUCACCGCUGCGAGCAGCAUCGGCGACCUCGGAGCGAUAGCUUGCCACACAGCCGGGUGAACAGUGUUGCGAGCUUCAAGUCCCUCCGAGCGUUAGCGUCUGCGUCCCACGAGCUCGCUGAGACGUCGAGCGAUGACGCCGAGCCUGAAGACGAGAGCUCGGAAGAGUAUUCGGAAGCCUACUCCUCUGACAUCCCAGACGAGUCUGGAGCUGUCGAGGAGCCCGGCCUUCGCAUGCGCCGCAAGAGCGCUGCCAACACUCCUGCUCGCAUGAGAAGUCCGUCUCGUCCCCGGCGACGUGGUACUGACGCAACGAGCGCGCUCAUGGCGGCGAUCAAGGAACAAGUCGCCGCUCAGUUCCAACAACUUCAACAGAGGAUGGGACCACAUCUCCAGUAUCUGCCCCAGCUCCCUCAGCUUCCUCAACUCCCUCAGUUGCCCCAGUUGCCCCAAUUUGCGCAACUUCCCAACUUUCCCCAAGUUCCCAACAUGCCCCCUCUGCCGGAAUACCAUAAUCCUGUCCUGCAACGGCUUGCCACCAUGAUCGGCGGCGCCAGGCCUCCAGGGCCGGGCGAGGAGGAACCCUCAACCAGGCCCACCGAGAGCGCCUGGCAAUACUUGUCGCCCUUCUCGACCAAGGCUGCCACCCCGCCGCCUGCGUACGACGAGCUCUUCCCUCAACAAGGCGACCUCGACACAAAACGGUCCUCUGCGGCCAAUGCGGCUGCCGACGCCGUGGCUGAUGCAAAAUGCGCCGCCCUAUUCGACCAACCCCAGACUUCAACCACGGCGAGCGCCGUGACUACUGCUGCCGUCGAGAGCACGAACGCUCCCGUGGAUGACAAGGCCGAAGAGUCGGAAGACCAGGAGAUCCCUGCGCUGCUGCAGAUUGGCCGCAAGGAUGCCAUCACCCGGGAGCAGCAAGCCACGCUCCGGCGAGCCCACGCGCAGAAUCUGAAGAGGCUGAGCUGGGACCGUAACCUGUUCUUCAUUUGGAUUCCCCUGCUCAUCCUCAUGAUUGGCGCCAUGAUCUACCACGGCAUGUCAGGCUUCGUCGCGACGACCCGCAAUCCGAUUUCGGUGAUGGCUCCCAAGGUGCAAGUCGAGGUGCCUGCUGCCAAUCCCGAUGUGCGACAGGCGGCGGGGGCACCAGACGAAGUUGUCGCUACUGCGGUAUAGGUCGAUGUUCUCGAUGCGAGUUAAGAAAGGCUUUUCCUGGACGGUAUCUGUACUGUUUUUUAACAAUUUGCUUUAUCAUCCCAAAGCGUGCGACUGUUUACGACUUUUGUGGGGGGGAGAGAGAGAGGGAAAGGGGGAGGGGGGUUGGUAAGGGCGCAGGCGUACGAUGGAAGGGGAAUUAUUGUGUUUUUUUUUCUUUCUUUUUUGGAUGGACACGCUUUACUCGGGGGUCAUCGUUAUGGAACGCAGCAGGGUCUGCUGUACAAGGCU